AUGGACAGCGCCGUACACGAAGACACGAGGAGCUCAUCAAGAAGCGACUCGGAGUAUGAGUUGCCUCUACCAGAACAAAACGUUCGAGCUGCACGCCAGAGAAGAAACUCGCAGGUUUCUGCUCGGCCGAAGAACCCGACGCGAUGGCAGGGCAUAUGGUAUCGCCUUACCGAGCCAAUUCGACCCUCAGGGUUUGCUGAACUCCAGCUGAUCAUUUUGACCUUUUGCACUGGUCUCCAAGACGCCAUCUCCUUCCCAGACUAUCACUGUUUCGCCUCCAACCAGACCGGCAACACCGUCUUCCUGACACUAGCCAUUGUGCUGCCCGAGUUAAACGGCGAGAUGUUCAUAACUGCCAAUAUCGGGAUGGCCCUAGGCCUGUUUCUUGGCGCGGGAUGGCUUACCGGGCAGCUCAGCCACGUUAUCGGCCCUCGGUGCCGGCUGUGGCUGAUCUUUUGCAACUUUGUCCAGACCGCACUUGUCUUUGGCGCGGGAGCGAUCCAGUACCGGUACGGCGUUGAGCUGCAGGGCGGGAUCACCCUGGCCGUCAUUGGCCUCUUGGCAUUCGCUGCCGGGAGCCAGGUCGUGCAGUCGCGUUCCCUAGCCAUGACCGAAAUCUCGACAGCCAUGGCCACUGCCGCUCUAGUCGAUCUGGUCAUUGAUCCAAACAUCCUCGGCCUCAAGAAUAGACCCCGCAACAGGCGGGUCAUGUUCCUCUUGGCUCUCAUCGUGGGGUCACUCCUUGGUGCGCUCAUCUGGAAGCGGGUAGGCUCCGCUGCCGCCCUCAUGGUGUCCGCCGCUGGCAAAAUGCUCGUCACCAUCAUGUACUUUUUCACUCCUGCUGAAAAGCCCAAGAAGCCACAGGCUGGGGAGAUAUCGCCAAAGGCCUUCACUCACAGCACUCGUCACAACCCCAACCCUUUCAAUGCACAUGGACGAGCUGUGGAACGCUCGUUCCACCCUGGAUUCAUGACUCGAAACAACCUCGGCGACCACCUUUCCUGGUUAUUACGAAACGUCGAGCUCUCUGCGCCGAAGGGCCCCUCCCUGCCUACCGCACACCGAGAUCAGAGCAAUCCAAAUUCGGAGAUUUACCUGACGCCGGCCAUAACGCAGCCCUCUGAUACCUCCGGCAGACCAACUCCACGACCACCGAUCCCAGAGGGUAGGCUACCAUCUGCCGUUCCUAAUGGGCCGAGAAAUCCAGUCGGGAUCCCACAGGUAGCAACGAGGGUGGAGGAGAUGGCCAGGCUUACAUCCAGUACGAAGUCUAAGAAGCCGUCGCUUGUCGUCAAGCAACAAUCACAGGCCCAGGCCCCGCUCCCUACGCCCGCAUCGACCAAAGGCGUUGGCCCGCUGCAACAGGCCUACUCCGCAUCGCUCGGUGGUGAAGAUGCGAGGGCUCGAGUUUCAGCGUCUACCCCGAGGCCGGCGGCUGUGACGCCUGGGUCUAGGAAAUUGAAGACACCGGUGUCACGGGCUCACCUAGACCUAGAUGACGAGUACGAGUCGGUAGACUUGACCUCUGACGACAUUAUCGGACUCUCUCCAUCAGGCAGGGUACAGGUCAAGGAGACGCCGAAGCCCCGAGGGUCCGCGGUACGAACCGAUGUUCUUUCUGGCAGGGGGAAGAAAAGGAAGAGCAAUGAUCUCAGUAGGACACCUGCCAAAUUCGACGAGCUGGACGACGACGAGUUUCCCGAUGUGCACGACCUCGUUGACCUGGACUCCCCUCCGGCAAAGAUUUCGCGCCACAGUUCGAAGGCACCCUCACCAAGAACAGUGCCUCCGCCCAUAUCCUCACAAAACACUGUUAUAGAGAGACGGAGUCCUUCAAAGCGACCGAUUGGCCAUACAGAAGCUAUACCAGAUGCUACUCCAAGGGAACCAUUCGCGACAACUCCGCCGCGAAGGAGCUCUCGCGACAUCUGUGCAGGAUCAGGUCGCAAGAUCAAUUCGCAGAUACAAACCAAAGAAUUGAUGGACCAAGCCAGCGGUAACGUACCGCAACGGGAACGCAGGUUGCACCGCAAAUCCGGCCAAAGCCAAAUAAUUCAAGAUUCUGAAGACGAGUUCCUUACUCCACCUACGCGCAACGCCUCUUUUGUUACCUGUCAGUCUCAUCCGGGUUCUGGCAAGGACGAAACAAACCCCGCGGAUGACCACGGCAACGUCGUUCUUGCUGCCGAUACACCAACCAAGAAACAAUAUGGAACAAGGGAAACGGGCUCAAAUGUGGACCAUGAGAUCUUAUCCAUGAUGGAAGACGGAAACAUGGAUCUCGAUGAGCCGUGCGAGACCGCAGCGCCCACUUCGAACUCAUACGGGUCCGUCCCGAGUUCCCAUACAGAUGGUGUCACCCUGGACAUGGAUCUGUUUUUAUCGAAUCCUUCGGUCAUACAGCGGAGGCGAAGGGUCGUGGACGCCGCUUUGUCGAAGAAUAAUGCCGACUACCUGAGGUCCCUGCGGGAAAAAUGGCCUGCUCAACGACGCGAACAAGUUAAGAAGGAAAAGGACCCCUUGCUUAAGCAACGAGAGGCUCUGGACCUCCUAUCUACCGAGUUCAACGCCCACCGGGAACUACAUGGUGAGCAGGAAGCAUUGCUUGGUCAACUUGCCGAGGCCUAUGAGAAGGGUCUCGACACGGAGCAGGAUGAGAAGCGCUUGGACAAGCUCGGCUUGGACUUGCAGGAACGGGAAAGAGCGAUACAACGAUGCCUUGUGAAGGCCGGUAUAGACGCUGCUUUUUUCGCGGAUGGGAGUAGUGAGGCGGAGGUCACAGAGCAGAUACACCCUGAGGUGCUCGCAACCCAGAUGUCUCAGCGAGCACCAAACUCCUCACAGCAGCGAGGCAGCAUUCUGAUACCUGAGUGCCACUCUCAAGUUAUACUGCAGACGCAGAUCCACCCAAGGUCGCAGCCGCCGGCAAGCGUCGAUGCCUGGGAGGAAGACGUACCGACGGCGUCGCCUGAGUUCCCCCGAGAGCUGAGAGGGUCUGCCUCUCAUGCUGUCAGCGGCAGCCAUCGGGAGUCACGACAGAGCCAGUCCAGACCUGCCAGAGCCGAGCCGGACUUGUUCGACGAAGAUGACCUUUUCCCAGAUUUAGAUAAUCCACAGCCGCGGACCCAUCCGCUCCCGCCAGCUCGCGUAUCAUCUGCUCGUAAACGAAGCCCUGUUAAGACGCUGUCGCGUCCACAAGAAUGCUUUGACGACUUUAGCGACGAUAUCGAGAUGCUUCAAUUCGCCGAGGACUUUGAGCAGAGACAGUCAUCUGGGGAGACGGUAGCCGCCCACCCAGCACGAGCAGUGUUCACCGAGACAUCCGGAAAUGCAGUUAUCACCCCUCGUGCUCGAAGCGUGGCGAGAAAGGUGCCGUCAUCACAGCCGAAGGCGGCUAUACCGCCGGAACUGAUGCGUCACCCGUGGUCUCCGGAUGUGCGGCGGGCACUGAAGGACCGCUUUAGAAUGUCCGGCUUUCGGCACAACCAGCUCGAGGCCAUCAACGCGACUCUGGAUGGCAAGGAUGCCUUUGUGCUCAUGCCGACGGGGGGUGGCAAGUCUCUCUGCUAUCAACUCCCCGCCGUGGUCAAUAGCGGCAAAACCCAUGGAGUCACCAUCGUGAUCAGCCCCCUGCUCAGUCUGAUGCAGGACCAGGUCGACCAUCUAGAGGCCCUGAACAUCAGAGCUAGCUCUUUCAACGGCGAGAUGCCGUCCGAGGCCCGCAAUCACGUUUUGGAUCUCUUCAAGCGCCCAUUCCCCGAGCACACUCUCCAGCUCCUCUACGUCACCCCGGAGAUGAUCAACAAGAGCAAGACCUUUAUCAACGGUCUGAUGAAUCUUUACCGAAAUAAGAAGCUCGCCAGACUCGUGAUUGACGAAGCGCACUGUGUCAGCCAGUGGGGUCACGACUUCAGGCCAGACUACAAGGCGCUCGGCGAAGUACGCUGCCAGUUCCCACAGGUGCCGGUGAUGGCCUUGACGGCGACGGCGACGCCCAAUGUCAUUGUCGAUAUCAAACACAAUCUGAGUAUCGACGGCUGCAAAGUCUUCUCGCAGAGCUUCAACCGGCCCAAUCUCUACUACGAAAUUCGACAGAAGGAAAAGGGGGCCAUUGAGGACAUCGCCGAUCUAAUCAAGACAAAAUUCUCGGGCCAGACGGGCAUUGUGUACACGCUCUCGAGGAAGUCGGCAGAGACGAUAGCCAAGAAGCUUCGUGAGGAUCACGGCGUCGCUGCGCAUCACUAUCACGCCUCGAUUGAGAGUGUAGACAAGGCCCAGAUCCAGCGAAAUUGGCAGAGCGGCAAGCUCAAAGUUGUCGUGGCCACUAUUGCCUUUGGCAUGGGCAUUGACAAGGCAGACGUUCGCUUUGUCAUACACCAUUACCUACCCAAGAGUCUCGAGGGCUACUACCAAGAGACUGGCCGUGCUGGCAGAGAUGGCAAGCGCUCUGAAUGCAUUCUUUUCUUCAACUACGGCGACAUCAAGUCUCUGCGGAAUCUCAUCUCGGAUUCGGAUGGAAGUGAGGAUCAGAAAGACCGCCAGAGGGAGAUGCUCAACCGCGUUGUCACCUUCUGCGAGGAUAAACGAGAUUGCCGCCGCGUCGAGAUACUCCGGUACUUUGGCGAGAAGUUUGACAAGGCCGACUGCAAGGGAACGUGUGACAACUGCAAGAACGGCGGGACCUUCCAUCUCAAAGACUACAGCGAAUACGCCGUUGCCGCGCUCGAGAUCAUCAGGGCGUACCGGCGCAUGACGCUUGUGCAGUGUGCCGAGGUCCUCAUGGGCAAGAAACGCCCCGAGUUCGACUGCCUCGCUCCCUACCAUGGCUUGGCUAAAAAGCUCAAGAAGCACGAGGUGCACGGCAUGAUCUAUCGCCUCUUGGCUGAAGACGCAUUGGAUGAAGAAAACAAGGUCAACAGAUCUGUUGGAAUUGCCAUCCAAUACUUUAGUCUUGGGCGCACGUCUGCGGAUUUCUUGUCCGGGCGGCGGAAACUCGAGCUCGUUACUAAGAUUGUCAGCGACGCGGACGCCGCAGCAGCCAAGCCGAAGAAGCGAGCCAAGAAAGCAACGGCUCUUCCGCCGUCCACCAACGUAUCCUCUCCCGUCAGAGGAUCGAGCAAGAAACGAAAGGGAAGGUCCCUGCUGCUGGACGAGGAGGACGAGGAGAGCGACGUGGAGCCAAGCGGGCCCCUCCACGCCAACGGAUACGAGAAGGACAACUUUGUCGUGUCGGAUGUCGAGGAAGACUCCGAGGACGACGGCUUCGCGCCAAUGCGCCGGCCGCCCCCAAAGCGACGUCAGCAGACGCUGCACGAGCUCGGCGGGCCCAUCUCGAGGGACUCGCGCUUCGACGAGGCCAACAUCAACGAGGUGCACGCCGACAUCAUCUUGGCUUUCGUCGAGGAGGCCAAGCAGCUGGAGGAGAACCUGAGGAACGAGAGGGGGCUCCGGCGGGUGCUCUUCACCGAGAAGCAGUUCCGCGAGAUGGCCAUCGGCUGGACCACGACGGUGGACCAGAUGCGCCAGAUCCCCGAGGUCAACCUCGAGAGCAUCGACAGGUUCGGCUCCAAGUUUGUGCCCCUGGUGAAGAAAUACCACAGCAACUACCGGGAGAUGAUGGGCGAGGCGGAAGACAGGAGGGGCGGCAACACCGCAGCGGCAGGGGCUCGUCGAGGCGGCGACGCUGCUGCCGUGUCCAUGCAGGAGAUUGUCGACCUGAUCAGUUCAGACGAAGACGGGCUAUUCGACGACGACGACGACGACCUAGACCUGAUGGGUCGGGGCAAUGACGAAGAAGACGAAGAAGAAGACGAUGAUGACCUGGAGUCGUCCAAGUACUUUGCUCCAAACACGGGGUCGGCGGCGCAGGACCGCGAGGCUCGCGAGUGGCACGAGCGGAUGGCGCAGCUGAGCCAGGGCGCGCCUUCGCGCUCCAAUUCUGGAGGGGGCACUGGCGGCGGCGGCAACGGCAACGGCAAGUCUGGCGGCAACUGGCGAGGCGGCAAGAGGCCGUUUGCACGUCGCGGCGGUCGGUCCGGAGGUGGGUCGUACCGGUCUGCUUCCGGCGGCGGCGCCGGCGGCGUGACGAAGCGCAAGGCGUCCGGGUCUCGAAAGAGCAGCGCCGCGAGCACUGGUCGGGGGGCCAGGGGUGGCAGGAGCGGUGGGAGGGCCGCCGGCACGUCUGCGUCGCGAGGUGUGAGCGGCAUCGGGAUGAUGCCCAUGUGA